CAAAAUAAACAUAAUCAUUGGAGUAUGUAACUACAUAGUUACCAAAUUUACAUAAUUUUGUUUUGUCGAUUUGAAAAAGGAAAACAUUUUCUUUUGCAAAAUAGUUUUCUUCAAAAUGGAAUUUGAAAAUCCUGUCAUAAUAUCAAAUGAUCUGGAAAAGAGAAUCGCUGAGGCAUUUUCUAUGUUCGAUCACAUUGGCAACAAAACAGUAGACGUUCGUGAAGUUGGAACCAUUCUGAGAUUUCUUGGAUGCACACCAACGGAACAAGAUAUAAAUGAAAUAAUCUCUGCAACAGAGUUUGAAGAUACUCGAGGAACAAUACAUUUGUCUCGUUUUCUGCCUCAUGUUUGUCAUCUUUUAACCGAAAGAAAAAUGGAACCAGCUUCGCCAGAAAAACUUUUAGAAGCUUUUAAAGUCUUAGAUCCUGAUGGUAAAGGUUUUUUAACAAAAGAGUUUAUGAGCAAAAUUAUGAUGGAAGAGGGUGAACCUUUCACUCAAGAAGAACUCGAUGAAAUGAUGGCUAUAGCUGUAGAUGCCCAAACUGGAAAUAUAUCUUAUGAAUAUUAUUUGAAUCAGUUGAUGUGUAAAACAAAAGAAUCAAUCUAUGAACUUACUACAAAUUGAGCCAUAAUUCACAGAGCACAUAUCUAUAAAAAUCUUUUAAAUCACAGAGCACAAGUCUUUUAGAAAAUGUAUUUUAUAUACAAAAAUAAAUUUAAAUAAAAUGUAUUGCUUUUUUUUAGGUUUAUCUAUAAAAAAAAUCUGGUUUUGAAAUAAAAAGACGAAUAAAGGAAUAAAUAUCAAACAUAGAA